UUUAUUUAAAAAAAAAAAAACCCAGAAUGAUUUUGUAAGCUGGGGUUGUAUGGUCCAUAUUUCCGUGUCACCUGUGUACUUGGCUCCUGGUUGAGAUUCAGUGAGUAUGACAUGAAUAAGAAAUUAUAGGUUUCUCAUAAAUUUUAAGUUCUUGAGUAGCCUUGAUGCUAUUACCGUGUAAAACUCUUGCAUUAGAUGCAAGGUAUGUAGGUUUGUGGAUAUGUGUGGGGCACGUGGGGGAGCAUAUUCGGUCUUUACUGGUUAAUGGAAGCAUUCCCCAUCCUUCAUGUUAGUGCUGUUUGCUUUUUAUCCCUGCACACAGAAAGUGGUUGGAAAUUGAAAGAAAGACUAGGGUUUCAAAUUUAGUUAACAGGAGUUUGUCUUUAUCAGGCAGGUGGAUCUAGCUGCCCCCAUGGCCCAGGCAUAGAACAACUUGCAGCUUGUGAUGGAAAAAUAUCUGAAAGGCUUUUCUAUUUGUAGUGUGGCAAAUCCAGGCUGGCAUGGUCCCUGGGGAGUGAGGCCUUGAUGUUUGAGCCACUCUGUUAGGUGUCUCUUCCAGGUGUCUUGCUUAGAAUAAAUGAGGGUGACGGUGUGUUUUCAUAUCAUAUCUUCACCACUAUUCAAGGAUUAAGUGCUCAGAGUAUUAUUUAUCAGAGGCAUUGAGGUCUCCUGGUCCACCUGAGCCCUCAGCACCCCAUCUCACCCCAUACCCCAUGGCAGUUUCCCUACUGUCUGUCCUUCUCACAUUGUUCCUGCCAGUCCUGAAGGUUUUGUUUUUCCUAUUCCUCCUUAGCCUGUACUUGGGGAACAGCUUCCUUGUUUCCCUCCUUUGUACUCCCGCAGUACUGUGGAGUCAAGUCCCAGGAGAGCAGAGAAGAUAGAGUCCACUUCUAUCUCCAGACCCCAAGCACUAUUUCCUCCUAGACCCAGCUGUUACAGUGGCUUUUUAUUUCUUGAGGGCUUAAAAAUUAUUUAAUGCUAUUUACUUCCAGUGAAUUGUGAUUGUUUUCAUUGUUGACCUGAUUUCUGUAGGAGAGCCAAAGAGCAGUACUUAAUUUCAGAAUGAAAAUAGCCCAGAAGACUCACACGUGGAUUGCCGGCAAGGUCACCUUCAGUGACUGCACUGAUGUUAGAGGAGGGUAAUGAAUGGAGGACUGAUGAGGUGAGGCUGUGUGAGGGCAGCGGGCAGGACAGAUCCACACACAGUGAAUAGCCAAACAAGUGAAUGACAAACAUGCCCUCCUUAACCUGCAGAUUCAAAGGGUCAUCCCAUUAUAUAUUUUCACUUCUGUAGCUUCAUGAAGUAAAUUUAGCUGCUGACUUCAGGAAUGGGCUGAACAGACCAAAUUGCAAGCUGCAAAUGUGCUGUUGAAGAUCUAGGCACCUCUUCUACUGUGGCAUCUGAGUUGGGUCUCUGUCACUUGCAACCUAAGAGUACUGACAAAUACUUUGGUGCCUGAGGGCAAGUGUCAGAAACUCAGCUUGAAAUAGUUUAGGCUAGAAGGGGCGUGCCUUGCCUUAUGUGACCCCAUAUCCUGUGCUAAAAGGGUGUGGCAAUAGCAGGGCCUUGGGGAUCCCUGGAAUCAGCCCAGCUUACCCCAUCCUCACCCCGCCCCUGGUUCCCUCUCUCAAACCAGCUAGAACUGGGUUUUGGGCAGCUGCCAGGCUCCUGGUUUCCCAGUUCUCAUCCCAAGAGAAAGGUCGGCCUCCCCUCCCGAACUCCAAAAAUCCCCUUAUGAGGACACAGUUCCACCUCUAAGGGAGCAGCUAUUGCCAGAAUGACCUGGUUGGAGUGGGUGGGGACGGUAGGAGGAGGGGGCUGGGCCCUGGUGGACAGGCCCAUCAUGGAUCCACUGCAGGAGUACCAAGCCACAGUGUUAGGCUAAAGGAGAUGGGAAGCCUGCCUUCACAUGAGCCAGCACUGCGUCUCUGUUGGACUGGAGACACGAAACAGCCUUUUUUUGAAUACACAGUGUAUGAGUGAUGUCCAAAUAUGAUAGCUGGGGCAGCAUAAAUAAUUUCUGGACUUUACAUCCACUCCCUUCUCCUAGGGCAUCAGAGUUCACAGAAUCUAUGUCAUUAACAUAUUUAUAUAUUCCUCAUUCUGAAUAGUAUUCAAGACACUAGAUGCCUGGGUAAGGGAAGAGAUUCACAAGCCAAAAGGCAUUGUAAAUGACGUCUCCAGCAUUCCAGAAUGUGAGAGUCCAAGUUUUCCUGUUUUGAAACUGAGUCAAAGAACCUAUGAAAUAUGUAGUUAGCCAACUUUUAGAAAUUCAUUCUUUCUAGGGUAACAACAGGAAUUAAACAUAACCAUGAGCAGAACCUGUCCUCUUACUCACUCGAAAGGUGUUGAAAAGUCUCCUCUAGAGCUUUGGAAGUCUGAAUGGACUAAACAUGAAGAGCCUGAAAGCGAAGUUCAGAAAGAGUGACACCAAUGAGUGGAACAAGAACGAUGACCGGCUGCUGCAAGCUGUGGAGAAUGGAGACGCAGAGAAGGUGGCCUCCCUGCUUGGCAAGAAGGGGGCCAGUGCCACCAAACACGACAGUGAGGGCAAGACCGCUUUUCAUCUUGCUGCUGCAAAAGGACACGUGGAAUGCCUCAGGGUCAUGGUUACACAUGGUGUGGAUGUGACAGCCCAAGAUACUACCGGACACAGCGCCUUACACCUCGCAGCCAAGAACAGCCACCAUGAAUGCAUCAGGAAGCUCCUUCAGUCUAAAUGCCCAGCCGAAAGUGUUGACAGCUCUGGGAAAACAGCUUUACAUUAUGCAGCGGCGCAGGGCUGCCUUCAAGCUGUGCAGAUUCUCUGCGAGCACAAGAGCCCCAUAAACCUCAAAGAUUUGGAUGGGAAUAUACCACUGCUUCUUGCUGUACAAAAUGGUCACAGUGAGAUCUGUCACUUUCUCCUGGAUCAUGGAGCAGAUGUCAAUUCCAGGAACAAAAGUGGAAGAACUGCUCUCAUGCUGGCCUGUGAGAUUGGCAGCUCUAACAUCGUGGAAGCCUUAAUUAAAAAGGGUGCAGACCUAACCCUUGUAGAUUCUCUUGGACACAAUGCCUUACAUUAUUCCAAACUCUCAGAACAUGCAGGAAUUCAAAGCCUUCUAUUAUCAAAAAUCUCUCAGGAUGCUGAUUUAAAGACCUCAACAAAACCAAAGCAGCAUGACCAAGUCUCUAAAAUAAGCUCAGAAAGAAGUGGAACUCCAAAAAAACGCAAAGCUCCACCACCUCCUAUCAGUCCUACCCAGUUAAGUGAUGUCUCUUCCCCAAGAUCAAUAACUUCGACACCACUUUCGGGAAAGGAAUCAGUAUUUUUUGCUGAACCACCCUUCAAGGCUGAGAUCAGUUCCAUACAAGAAAACAAAGACAGACUAAGUGACAGUACUACAGGUGCCGAUAGCUUAUUGGAUAUAAGUUCCGAAGCUGACCAGCAAGAUCUUCUCGCCCUAUUGCAAGCAAAAGUUGCUUCCCUUACCUUACACAAUAAGGAAUUACAAGAUAAAUUACAGGCCAAAUCACCCAAGGAGGCAGAAGCAGACCUAAGCUUUGACUCAUACCAUUCCACCCAAACUGACUUGGGCCCAUCCCUGGGCAAACCUGACGAAACCGCUCCCUCAGACUCCAAAUCAUCUCCAUCUGUCUUAAUACAUUCUUUUGGUAAAUCCACUACUGACAGUGAUGUCAGAAUUCAGGAACUGCAAGAGAAUUUGCAAGAUUUACAGAGGAGAUUAGAGAGCUCUGAAGCAGAGAGAAAACAGCUACAGGUCGAACUCCAAUCUCGAAAGGCAGAACUGGUAUGCUUAAACAACACUGAGAUUUCAGAGAACAGCUCUGACCUCAGCCAGAAACUUAAAGAAACUCAGAGCAAAUACGAGGAGGCUAUGAAAGAAGUCCUUAAUGUGCAGAAGCAGAUGAAACUGGGUCUUGUCUCGCCUGAGAACAUGGAUAAUUAUUCACACCUCCACGAGCUGAGGGUCACCGAAGAGGAAAUAAAUGUGCUAAAGCAGGAUCUGCAGAAUGCAUUAGAAGAAAGUGAAAGAAAUAAAGAGAAAGUGAGAGAGUUAGAGGAAAGACUGGUAGAAAGGGAGAAAGAUACCGUGAUUAAGCCACCUGUGAAAGAAUACGAGGAAAUGAAAAGUUCAUAUUCCUCUGUUAUUGAGAAUAUGAAUAAGGAGAAAGCAUUUUUGUUUGAGAAAUACCAAGAGGCCCAAGAAGAAAUCAUGAAAUUAAAAGACACACUAAAAAGUCAGAUGACACAGGAAGCCAGUGAUGAAGCUGAGGAAAUGAAAGAAGCCAUGCAUAGGAUGAUAGAUGAGCUCAAUAAACAGGUGAGCGAGCUGUCACAGCUGUACAAAGAAGCCCAGGCUGAGCUGGAGGAUUACAGGAAGAGGAAAUCUCUAGAGGAUGUCACAGCUGAAUAUAUCCAUAAAGCAGAGCAUGAGAAACUGAUGCAAGUGACAAACGUGUCCAGGACCAAAGCAGAAGAUGCACUGUCCGAAAUGAAGUCUCAGUAUUCAAAAGUGUUGAAUGAGUUGACCCAGCUCAAACAGCUGGUCGAUGCACAGAAAGAGAACUCCAUCUCUAUCACAGAACAUUUGCAAGUGAUAACCACGCUGCGGAGUGCAGCAAAAGAGAUGGAGGAAAAAAUAAGCAGUCUUAAGGAACACCUUGCAAGCAAGGAAGUGGAAGUAGCAAAGCUGGAGAAACAACUCUUAGAAGAGAAAGCUGCCAUGACUGACGCAAUGGUAUCCCGGUCUUCCUAUGAAAAACUCCAGUCAUCCUUAGAGAGUGAAGUGAGUGCACUGGCAUCAAAAUUAAAGGAAUCAGUGAAAGAGAAAGAGAAGGUACAUUCAGAGGUUGCCCAGAUUAGAAGUGAAGUCUCACAGGUGAAAAGAGAAAAGGAAAAUAUUCAGACUCUCCUGAAAUCCAAAGAGCAAGAAGUAAAUGAACUUCUGCAAAAAUUCCAGCAAGCUCAGGAAGAACUUGCAGAAAUGAAAAGAUAUUCUGAGAGCUCUUCAAAAUUGGAGGAAGAUAAAGACAAAAAGAUAAGUGAGAUGUCGAAGGAAGUCACCAAAUUGAAGGAGGCCCUGAACAGCCUCUCCCAGCUCUCCUACUCAACAAGCUCAUCCAAAAGGCAGAGUCAGCAGCUGGAGGCACUGCAGCAGCAAGUCAAACAGCUCCAGAACCAGCUGGCGGAAUGCAAGAAGCAACACCAGGAGGUCAUAUCAGUUUACAGAAUGCAUCUUCUGUAUGCUGUGCAGGGCCAGAUGGAUGAAGAUGUCCAGAAAGUACUGAAGCAAAUCCUUACCAUGUGUAAAAACCAGUCUCAAAAGAAGUAAAGUGGAUUCCUUGGCAGGACACUGCCCCCUUGUCAUCAUCUUCGUGUUAGAUCCAGAGUUGUUGGCAGCUGCUGCCAUUGUUCUCAUUGUAUACACUGUGGCCUAGCGUAGCUUCUUCCCUUUCCAAAGGUUUUUGAGGACUUGUCCCAGAAGAAGACUAGCGCCUCCGAACUGCUUAGAGACUUCAGACCAGCAGAGGUGAAAGUCCCUGUCAUCCCUUCAGAUUCCAGAGCUGGAAUCAGCCACACCCAGAAGUCUGGUCCUGAUGCUGGCAGGGGGGGCCCCUCCUCCAUACCUGACCAGCUGAGUGGCUUUAUCACCACCAAGUGAUGUGCUGAGGCCUCCUGCAGUGAAUGCUGCUUCCAUUCCUGCACUCGGGCUGUGCCACUCAGCACAGGAGAGCUCUUUUUGCCUUUGGCUUUCAAUUCCAAAACAUGAUUUAAUUCCUAACUAAAUUAGUAUGGCACUAGGUUAUGAAGUAUCUGCUUAAAACUCUUUAUCAUGACAUCCUGUGGAUUUUAAAACUCCUAAUUCCAUGUUUUCUUCCCAUCUGCCUUAUAUAUCUCAUCACCCUGCUUAUCAAUAUUCAUUUUGAUGAGCACUAUUAACUAAAAUACGAACCUUAAAAACAAAAGCAAGUUGUCCUUAAAAGUUCUUUUUUUAAGUAAAUUGUUGACACAUUGCAAAUUUUCUAUGCAAACUUGCCUCCUGCUGUUAUCCAUGAAGCUCAGGAAAUCCAAACAUUUGUGUUUCAACAAGGGACAGUAAACUGUGUGUUUACAGCCAAAAAAAAUGCCUCAUAGUUCUUAACCUCAAGUUUUAUAAAAGUGUUUUUUUCUCUGUAAUAUUUUUAUUGGCUCAUAAAGAAGUUUUCAUAUCUAAACCCCUAAAUAAGUGAAAUUACAGAUUAUAUUAAAAUAUUUUUUAGGUAGCCAUGCUUGAGACUUUUUAAAAAUAUAACUUUUUCCUCAAAGUUUUCAGCUAUAGCAAAAGGUAAUUAUGUAUGCCAGACUUAAUAUAAGCUGCCACCAACAUUCCUAGAACUUUCAGCCAUUGGGUCUUCAGAAUUGUAGUGCAUUUCUGAAUCUAGCAAAUUCUCUUUUUACCCAUUGGAUGUUUUUGAAUGUCUUGACUCUACCCGCGCCCAUAAAUGAUCUCUGGAAGGACUGUUAGUACCAAUCUGUUUUUCAACUUCAAAGCUAAAAACCCUGAUAUGGUAAUAUUAUGGUGCAUAGCAGAGGUCUUGAAAAAAAAUUUCUGUUCACUUUCCUUUCAGCUUCAAAAUGUUUCUAACAUGCUUGCAGCUUCCUUUGUGGCAUUAGUCUUGUUGAGGGAGAGAGACAGAAUCCAGGACUCUCCAAAGUAUUUAACUGAAAGUAGGGCCUGCUCUGACAGGGCCCACAUCCCACAGGGCUGCCUGGGCUUAGCGGGUGCUUGGCUGUACUGGAUGAUAUGUUGAUCUGUAUUGGAUGAAGACCAAUGACAGCAAAGCAAAAUUGGCUUUAAAGCUUGGUGUUACUUUUCUUAAGUUCAAUUACAGUUAAGCAAUUUCAAAAAUGCUCCAAAGAAAUGUGAAAGGACUUUUUGUCACCGUACUUCAGAAAAUACAAAACAACCCCUUCUGCCCCCCUUCCCCCCAACACAGAAAUGCUGCAGAGUAUAUAAAACUUGAGACAUUUUUGUAGGAUGCCUGACAAGGUGUAGCCUUUUAUCUUGUUUCCGGAUGCGUAUUUAUUACAAGUACUCUGGUUAAAUAUUGAAAAGUUAUAUGCUGUAGUUUAGUAUUUUGUCUUUGUAAUUUACAGAAGUUAUUGCAGAAAAUAAACUUGUUUCAUUUUGCA